AUGCAAGCUAUAGGACUGAAGAUGUGGGUAUGGAGUCCUGUACUCUGUCUGGCUCUUAUCUCUGUCUUAUCUGUGCCAGCUCAGGGUCAAGGUAAACACAAUUAUAUAGGCUGUUUCUUAUUCUUUGUCGUCCUGUGUGUGUCUUUUUGAUGUGCAGUUUUUGUCGAAGCAUUUGUCUUUGUGUCACUGUCACUUUGUGAUUAUUUUACUUCGAAGGGAAAAGUCACUAUUUUCUGGUAAUAUAGGCUCAUUUUUGUGUGUAAAAUCACAUCAUUAACAUUCCUUUUGCAGUUGACUCAAGUGCUUUCAGAAUAUGCUUUGACAUGAACUACCUACCCUUAUAUAUCUGCCUUUGACCUUAACCUUGUUGAUGUGAAGACGAACAAGAACUGCAUCCUCAAACAGCUGCAGUUUGUUUAUCUGGGCUUGUCUAGACAACGUUGCCCAGUCCUCAAGUAAGCAUUUCACUGUAAGGUCUACACCUGUUGUAUUUGGCGCAUGUGGCAAAUACAAUUUGAUUUGAUUUGAUUCAAGUGAAACAAACUACAGCAUUCCUGUGCUAAGAGUGGACUCUGCACUGUGCUAACCUGGGCUACAGUAUAGUGCUGCUUUGCGUUGUAUUGUAGCAUUACACCUUGGACAGCAUCCAUUGGGUUUCGGCGGAAGCCUUCUGCUCUGAAGGGCUGCCCUCUGGUUUAAGGUAAACAACCUGUCCCUUUUACAGGUCAGGGUGGGCUGUCAGUGGGCUUCUAUAGAAGUUUCCUUCAAAGUACACCACAGAGGUUUAACUGAAAGCAUCCGGACCUUAAGGCGAUAAACAAGGGAAGGAGGUCUGGGAACACAUGCCACUGUCACCCAGCGGCAUGUGGCCACAUGCCCAUCCCUACAGUGUCAGUAUCUCACCCAAUAUGGCCCUCCUUAUAACACAUUUUCACAGAUAAUUUAAAAUGCAUUACACUUUCCAUGUCUGACUUGUUCCAAACUUCCCAUGGGUGCUUGAGGCCUCUUAAACCCUCACCAGCCUGCCGGCUGUUUGCGCAAGACAGCUAUGAAAAAUAUAUAAGAAUUUAAGCCCAUCUUCACACAGGCAAGUCCUUAGUCUUGUAGAUGUUAUACUACUAGUCUGUUCUGGAAAUGUGCAAAUUAAUGAACCAAGUCUCUGAAGGUAAAAAAAAAAACGCACACAAACAACACACUUUCUAAUUCUCUUACUCGGGGAAGCGACAUUCUUCAGAGAAGACGUAUCUUUUUUUCAGAGAGAGUUAAGCCCUGCUGAAUACCCACCCCCCAUUUUCAGGUUGGUGAGCUCGGUACAGUAUUAUUAUUCGCCUGUUAGCACCAUGCACCAUCUCCGGGCUCUUUACCCUCCGAUGAGUUACUCCAUUCUAUGUGCUUGAUCGUAUUCUUUCCAUACCUUGAUUGUAUUCUUUCCAUACCAUUAACGUCUGAAGGUAUUUAAAGAAUACAUUGGCAAAAGAUAUCUUGCCUGCUCUUAAUGAGGACACAAACAAGACCAGUUUGUGGGACUGUUUGCAGUUCUUUCCAUUGUUACCAAAUUGGAUGGGAAUGUUUUUUUGGGGUUUGUUUAGUUUUUCUCUGGGAUUUGGUAAUGCCUAUUAUUGCCUGCUUUGCAGAGCUGAUGGGAUGUUGACCCAAGAGGAAGUGGUGAAAGUGGUAUAUCGCUCGACUUGCAGAUAGAUAUCUUCUUGAAGACAGGAAUAAAUGCUAUUCCAGUGCCUUUCAAUUUGUCGCUGCUGCAAUUGAAAAAAAAGGCACAUUCUACUCUGAAAAGGCCCCAAAGUAAAGAGCACACUCUUUGUAAUACAGUCUCAAUUCGACUGCUCCGGCGAAAUGCAAUCAUGAUGAGAUCGGGGAUGGUACUUUAAUGCUGAGAUAAGUGCUGCACAAAAGACCCCCCAUCAAAAGAGAUAUGAGCGCUAUCAAUGGCAAAGGAAGGGAGAGAAUGUGACUUUGCUUUUAAGUGACAUCUGUGGUACUCUUUGAAUCUGUAUCUUUUUAAUUUGGCCAAGAUACACUCUUUUAGGACUGUUGAAACACAGAUGGAGAGUGCCUGUUACCUUGCCAAACUCUGGCUGGAGUUCAAUCUAGCUGCUAACUGUUUCAUAAUGACUUUUAACUGGGGAAUCUCAAGUUUCAUGCAUUUCAAUUGGCUAAAAAUCUUUUUUCAAAGAACAUUGGUUUUUACACCUGAUUGAACCCCAACCACUGUCUUGGUGUCAUUAACCAUGCAUUGAAUAUUACUAUAGAAUACUAUAUACAAACGCUUCUUGAGUUAGUCAGUUAUUGUCUUUUUUUGUCUAGUUGCCACCCCACGAAGACUUCGUUUCAAAGUCCUGAGCGCAACCCAGCUGCUUGUGUCAUGGAAAGAACCGAAAGGAGACUUUGAAAGCUACAGAUUUAUUUAUAGCACACAAUCAGGUAAGGUCCAGCAAUGAGAACAAAUGAUCAAGUUACGAUUCGGCCUUGAAGGAUGCUCUCUAACUUAUGUUGCGUGUUUCACAACAGCUUCAUACUUGCAGUGAAGAAAACAUAAUUACAUAUCAACUAUCUAUCAGAUGAUAAUGUAAUCAAACAACCAUUUUGUAAUCUAUAUUAAUCACUAUGAUUGAUGCACCUAUUAGGCGAUUGACUCACUGUGUAGUACAGCCUACCAUUUCACUUCUCAUGUUGUUCUUAAGGAAACAUAUUUAUAAAUGGCCAAUUCUCAAUGUAUAGAUAGACUCCAUGACAUUCCACCAUGGCUUUUACUUUGAGUCCUUACCUGCAGCUAGGGGGAAGCUGCAGCUCCAGUGGCUUGCCUGGCCUUGAGCUGGUGUUGAUCAAGGUAAUGUAGUAAGCGUCAGAUAAGACCCAGUGAGCAGAGCACAAGCAGCUGUAUCUAAACUGCCUGAGGCGGGCCGGGGCGGGGGACACAAUCUCAUCCCACCCCUGGCACACUGCUGAGGAGCACAUCUCCCCACCAAGCCAGUUUCAUUUGGUGAACUUCUCUUCAUGCCAGCUGCAGCAUGGAGGAUAUUUCAUCAGUUUUCUUCCAGACCUGGGUUCAAAUAGUAUUUGUUUGUCUUUUUAAAUGCUAUGAGCUCUUGAUCUGCCUGCCUGGAGUAUCCUAUGGGUGGCGAGGUUUGCACUUUUGGGGCUAUUCCGUUGGUUCCUUUGAACCAGACAAGCUCAAUCUAGCGCAGCUGAAGUAUUUGAGUAUUUUAAAGAAAACGAAUGCUAUUUGAAACCAGGUCUGAUUUCCCUCUUCUCUCUUUCUCUCCACCCCUGUGGUUCAGUGUUUGUCAUUGCUCAGAAUGGCAUUCCAAUUGCGGAGUCAGUCAGAGUUUUCAUAUUACGUGUGGGUUGAAAUGGGAGCUCAUGCGAGAGGCUAGUCAAUGAGCCUAUGUUCAUUGAAGAAGAGUUGCUUUGACAGAGAGCGACACCCGCAGACAUACACAAAUCAUCAUGAUUGGGGUGAAAUUGAAUGCAGCGCUGGAUUGUGGGUAGUAAUACUUACUCCCUUCUCCAACACUUAGGGCUCUAUUUUAACAAACCUAAUGCAAUGGUAAAUCUUAGCGCUGGCAGUAGCACUAUAGGUUUAGGGGUUUGUCAGAAAUAUUUUUGCUAUUUUCACAACCAGAAUUAUUGGCGUAGUAGCUGGCGGUGGCACGAAAAGGGUGGGGUUUGAUGGAUAAAUAAAUUGGAGGUGUGACGAGGGCUUGGCCACUCACUGCCAAUCAACAUGCUUCAUGGCUUAAUACUGCAUUUCGUUGUCCCAAAAUCUGUAGGUUAUUGAUAGUAUUUGCGUUGUCGUCAACUCCAAUUCGGGUGGGGGCACUAAAUAUUCUCAUCCUAGUCCAUUGUGGAUUGAUACUACAGUUUAUUAAAUCGCUUAGGCCACAGUAAUGAGUAAUUGACAGUCACAUUGUUGAAAUUGGCUUCAACGAGCAUAGGCCUAAAUAUAUUUACGCAUCGCACUUACCACAAAUAAAAAAUACUAGGCUCCCAUAAAUUGUUUUGUAUGUGUGAGGCACGUUCUCAAUAAGCAAGAUAUAGCCUACCCAUAAUAUGAUGUUAUAGGACUGGCUGGAUAAUUUGAAUAUGUUUGGUGGAGCACGUCUUUGGUAGCCGGACAAGAGGCGCUCUUUGGAAAUGGGGAUGAAUACAAGCCGAAUGGAGUAUGCAUUAAUACAGCUUUGGUGAUUAAGAUGUAUUUCAAAGCGGUCUCACGGGCCAAACCCUUUAUCGAUAGUCUUGACUACUUGGUGAAUGCAUUCGGCAGGACAAAAAAAACUGCCUUCAUUGAGAGGAGGGGAGGCUAUGCUUGGUUUUUAAUCAAAUGAAACGAAAUGGGAUUUUGGCAAAUUGGCAAAUUGUUGCACGUUUUUAAGGGCACACCUCAGAUAUUGCCACCCCUCCCACCUCAGCACAAGCGAGCUCAUAUAAGAAAGGUCAAUUACCAAUCCUGGCGCAAGUGUUUGAAAAUAGCAGAGCGCCGGUCGAAAUUGCCAAUGAGCGUGCUUUUGACACUGCGCUGGCUUAACACCAGACGAAAAUAGAGCUUACACUCCCAUUUUUGUCAGGUUUCAAAAUGCACAUUGACUUGACCGUUAUAAGAUGCAGGGUAAGAUAAGUGUGAUCACUGUGCAUUUCUGAUGCAUUAUGUAUCAUGUAUACUGAGUGUGCUGUAAUCACACAGACAUUUUGCUGAAAAAUAUAAAAUAUCAGUGCUUUUCAAGUAUGCUGUGGUACAUUCGGAAGUAUUGGUCAAUAAAACCUAUGAAUGACCUAUGAUGGGCGCACCCCUCACUAAAUAGUAUUUUUAAUAAUCUUUAAGCAAGAUCUGACAAGGCUUGACAACCCAAUUUCUACAACAUGCCCACACACUUCCAUUUGCAACAUGUUGCCUUCAGGCCGUGCUUAGCAGAUAUACCAUAAUUGUAAUAAAGGAGGAACAGUACGUGUCAGUGAACCUGUGAAAGAUGAGUGUUAAAUGUCAGGAUAAUUAUAAUUCCGUAGUUCUGUUCUGAUAUGCAGAACAAGAAUGAUGAAACUUAUGCAUAAAUGGUACAUUUUAGAUACAUAGCUACAUUCCCUUAAGUGCUUCAAUGCUCUGCCUGGCUACACAGCAGGCUACACAGUGAGUGCUUUCUCUCCUGUUUUUUUUUAACAAACAGCCCUGUUAAGUUGUUUUUGAAGAUAGAGACACUUGAGUGAGUCAAACUGAGGUUCUUCAUGUCCUGUGGGUACUGCUUAAAAUAAUUCAGGUGUGUUAAGCGCAGAGGCCUCUCUUUACUUGUCCUGCAGCAGCCGUUUAGCCGCUGACUAGUUCGUUUACUGCCAAUAUACCCCCGUAGCAGUAGUAUCCUUCAUUGCAACUAGUACGUCAACUCAACAUCAAUACCAUUCCUGACAUUCCACAUGAAAAGGAGAUUUCAAAAUAGUCGAACUCAAAAUAAAAUGAUGGUAAACUCAUUUUCAAUAGAAUGCAUUUAACAAACAAUCAGAACACAAGUGAAAACAAUUUCUUGAAUAUUGACAACGUUUGGUCUUGUUUGUUACUUUCUCCCAAUGACAGAUGCAGAGGAGACUGAACUAGAGGUGACAAAAAAGGAAGCCAAAGUGAUCAUAGACUUAGAUCCCAGAAAGUUGUACACAGUCAAGGUCACUGCUGUGAAAGGUGCUCAGGAGAGCAAGCCACUCCUAGGAACAUUUGAGGGUGAGAAGAGCCUUUGAACUUUUACAACUUAUUCCAGGAUUUAAUGAGGUUGUUUAAUCAAAGGAAAUAGCUGGUCUGUGUGAUUGCCAUUGUUCAAACAUCUUUGACAAAAUGUAUUCUACAGUAUAAUGUGUCAAUGGAAAUGUGUUUGGUUUGUUUCAGCCCAACUUUCAGAGCCUGACAAUGAGAACGUACAGCCCCAGAAUGUACGACCCAAGAACCAGAAAGACACCAGUGUCACCGAGGAGAACAAUGAGAUAUCUGAA